AUGUGUCUUGAGUUGGAGGGCUCCAGGCGGUCCGGCAGUGGUCCGGACCACAUGGGCAUCGAGUUCGCGACGAGUGCAGAUAAAAGGACAUUGCCUCCUCGUCGUUCGUUUUCGCCAACUCUUCCUCCCCCAGAUUUAGAAAUGUCUGCAACACAGUCCUCUUCUCUUUCCCGCGUGCUCGUUACUGGCGGCGCAGGCUACAUCGGUUCGCAUGUCGUGUACGCCCUCCAGGCGACGCGGCGGUACAAGGUCAUCUCAAUAGACAAUUACCAUAACUCUUCUCCGAAGGCACUAGAGCGCGUCGCGCAGAUUGCGCGAAGCAAUCUCCCUCCUAAUGCUACCGCCCAGGACAAAGACAGCGCGGAAAUCGACGUAUUCACGUGUGAUCUCACCGAGCCCGAGCAAGUCCGGAAGGUCUUCGCCCACUACGGGAAGGGAGGGAUCUGGGGUGUUAUUCACAUUGCCGCGUAUAAAGCGGUGGGCGAGUCGACGCAGAUUCCCGUGACAUACUACGCGAAUAACGUGGGCGCGACCAUCACGCUGCUGCAGGUCAUGGGCGAGUACGGUUGUACGCGAAUCGUCUACUCGUCCAGCGCAACGGUGUACGGCAUACCUCCCACGAUCCCUAUUCCUGAGACAACGCGUCUGCAGGCACUGAGCCCAUACGGAAAGACCAAGGUGAUGUCUGAGACGAUCAUAGAGGAUCUCUGUCGUGCGGAGCCAAAUACAUGGUGUGGGCUUUUGCUGCGAUACUUCAACCCCGCGGGCGCACAUCCAUCGGGCCUCAUGGGCGAGGAUCCCCGCGGAAAGCCAGAAAAUCUCCUGCCCCUACUGUCUGCAAUUGCUGUAGGGCGCGUGAAGGACAAGCUCGAGGUAUUCGGUAACGACUACCCCACUCCCGAUGGUACCUGCGUGCGCGACUAUCUCCACGUGAUCGACCUUGCGAAGGGGCAUCUGCUCGCGCUCGAUGCUCUAGAGCCCGGUUCAAAAGUGUUCGACAACUGCCCGAGCGCCGCGCGCUUCAAGGCGUACAACCUCGGGAAGGGUAAAGGCAUGAGUGUGCUGCAGAUGAUCGAGGCGAUGCGCAAGGCGACCGGAUUUAAUUACCAGUAUGAAGUCGUUGGCCGGAGGGAGGGCGAUGUUCCGGACCUCACGGCCAACCCGGCUCUCGCGGAGAAAGAACUCGGCUUUACCGCGCCUGCCGAUCUAGAAACGAUGUGCAGGGACCUCUGGAAUUGGCAGUCGAAGAACCCGAACGGGUACGACGGGCCAUCCGCCUGA